AGCUCACUCGUAUCAGAGCAGAUAAGUUAGUUGCAAGAUAAAGUGAAUGGAACACGGGGCAUAAAAUAUGUGACAAGUGCGCUUACAAUCAGUGUUCCUCAAUCGUGCGGUGUGUGAGGAGUUAAAAACGGCUUUGCAAGACGUGUAUGAUGUGCUGUGGUACGGCGAUCGUUUGCAGGACUCUGGUUUCGGAAUUAAGGCUGAAACAGAAGAGUGAUAUUAUACACGCUCUACAUCAGUAACGUCAGAAGUAUGGAACGAGUUUACACUAACAAUGACGGUGGUCUCCCACCGGGGGGUUCCACUCCAUCGUUCGCUGCUGUUCAGUUUGUCCUGAACACAGACAAAGGACGAUCCACCCUUCAUGGUAGCUCGUACCAUCUUCGACUUGGAAUGGUUAUCAUCCUCAGAGCCUUUCAAAUGCACCGGCAGGACAGCGGGUUUAGCUUUACGAUGGCAAUGGAGGUUCCUGCCGCCGGAAAGUUUGACGACAUUAUGUACCAUUAUCGCUCGUCGGUCCGACAGGCUUCCGGAACCUUGUUCAUACAGGCGAAACAUAGACAAAUUGCGGAUAGUGAGGACAGUCCGUCUCAAAAAACCACAAUGAAGCAUCGGGAAGCAACGCAAAGCAAGAAUACGGCACUAACAGAGGAUGUUUUAUUUGAAACGUGGGACUCCAACGCAUCUUUUUCAAUUCCGAUGUAUUUUAUGUCAUUUCUCGAAGUCGAUCCACACCUUCCAGAGGACGCUCGGUACGUGCUCUGUACCAAUGCUGCGCUUGAUAAGAGCAUCGAAAGCUUCUUUACGACAAACCAGCAAGAGGACGCCGUUCUGUUACAGCUAUGCGACGAUAUAGGAGCCACGUGUUAUCAGUUUGAUUGUGAUGAACCAUUCCCAAAUCUGGCUGAUACGCUCAGAGACUCGUGUCUUGCUAAAUUGGGAAAGCUUAUCGCGCUGCACAUGAUGAAAGACGUUCUGAUCAAGUUCAAUGACGCGUUAUUCUACACUUUCGCUAGCUUGAUAAGCGAAUGUCUGAGGCCAUUGGAAAAGGAAAAGGACGAAUCAUCUGAAAUCUCAUACACGAUCAAGGAAGAUGACGAGCCUACAGAUCCAUCCACCCCAGCCGGAAAGCUUCUGACUGCGUUCAAAAGAGAAUACGACAUGAUGAUAGAGAAAAGUAAGCAAAAGAAGGAUGUAACACGCCAAUUAAAAAUCAGGGUUGAUAGAAAUUCUUUCGCCAGUGCUCUUAGCGCAGGUGAUUCAGAAUGGAGCGCAAAGUUCAAUGUGAAAUUGCACAGGUUUUACGAAAAAUUUGUGCUCGUAUGUAACUCCUUGAACGAAGAAAAGCUACGUACACAAGCUAUGACGCUUUUGCCGGAGUGGUGCAAUGCCGAACACGGAACGGUGCUGGACAAGUUGCAGGUAUUACUGUUUGAGGCAAUGAAGAGUACGAAAACUGUCCCGGUCGACUUGAAGUUUGUGAGGGAGAAGUUUAUGGAAAUAGAGCUCAAGCCGAGCAUUUCGCUUGUGAAAAGUAGAUCUAACGAAUAUUUGACCGGCUGGAUUAGGGAACAUCCUCACAUAAAAAUAGAUCCAGAUCGUUUAAGGCGCUCUGAGCUGAAUAGUUUUAUUGCUAGCAAGAAUGCUGGAGGAAUGUAUGAGUUCAAGUGCUCUCUGAGUAUGGAUGUGAGCUCUCUUAUUGUAGAGCAGACGCUAUCAUUACAUCAGUAUGAGACACUGUUCAUUGACAGUGCUUUAUACCUUGAGAAAAAAGAAAUGUUGAAUAUGCUGCAUGACGUAUUGUCUUACCUGCGGGAUGUAGAACAUCCAACUAUAAAGCUAAUAACAAUUCGAGGGAGGUUUGAGCAAGAACAUUUAUGCGAAAUCAAGAAUCUAUCUGAACGUUACCAUCAGAAAGUAGUGAUUGCAAUGGAGACGGGAAUCGCUGAAAACUUUGAACAUGAUAAUCAAAUAAGCUUAGGAGCAGUUGCAUCAUACAGUUCGAAAAUGUCAAACAUAGUACUCGAAAAUCUCUCUAAGAACAAUAAGAAACUGUCCGACUACAACUAUCUGAAAGUAGAAAGGUUUACUAUACAUGAUCUAACAGGCGAAGCAAAGAAGCAGUUGUACCGACAAUAUGCGAAUCACGUCAUCUUUGAAACAGUUAUCCCGCUAGCCUGUAUUAUAAACGAAGAAGAUGAUUUGAGCUUUUUAUUGAACGUGUUAGAGCUUUUCCACCAGCCUGAAAAGAUGGCUAGGUACGAUUCGAUCGAACACAAUUAUGAACAGAUUAAACCCUGGUACAUUCACCGCCAAAUCGUAUCAUUGGGAACUCCGCCAGAGAAAGAGAACAUCACACAAAAUGCCAACGUAACGUAUAGUGCAAAUCCAUUUGAGCAGCAAGCAGAAGUUCCUUUUGCAGAGCUGGCUAAAUAUGUUCUUCAUAAUGAUAAGGACACUAUGUCAGAUGUAAAGAAGACUCUAGCGUUGAGCGAAGAAACACAAGAUCCUCCUGGUUGCCGGGAUGACGAAAAUGAUGGGAAAGUUUAGGGGAUUUUCCUAAAC